AUGAUUAAUCAACCAAAUUCAGUGCCACUUCGUGUGCACUCAGGUGGUGAGAAUUUAAAUAAUUUUAUGAAACGAGUUGAAAAUGAAUGUGGUCUAUCGAUAAGUAAAAGUGCUUCUCAUCAUGUCGAAGUAGUCCAUAACAAUGAUGAUAGUGGUGACGAUGAUGAUGAUGUUUAUUAUAAAAAUAUUGAACGACAAACAAAUAGGAAUUUUGUGCCUGGUGGUGCCUCGGUUAUAAUGAAAAAGCAACCAAAUUCUUUGCCAUUACAAAUACAAUCGGGAGGUGAAACAAUGCAUGGUUUUAUGAAACGAGUCGAAAAUGAACGUGGCUUAUCGAUGAGUAAAUCUGAUAUUGAACAUCUUGAGAUAAAAUUUCCUGUUAGAAAAGAUACAACAUCAGAUCAGUCGAAAAAGAAAAGAUCUUUUUUCUCAAAGUUUUUUAAAUAAUCACACCUUAUAAGAACAAUUUAUUCUGUUAUUCUUACUAAGCAUGAAAUUUUAUUGAAAUAAAGCGACAUAUAAUUCAUGACUUAUCAGUAUUAAACGGAGAAAUGAAGACUACUUUUUUAUCACGAUUGCCGUGUUUCUUGUUAUUUAUAUGAACAACAAGUUUUGAUUAAGAUUUUUGAAUAAUAUAUCAAUAGAUUUUUUUAUGCUAAAGAGAAAAUAAGUAUUUACGAUGUUACCAAUACUGUGAAUCGGUGAAAUCAUUUAUUUUAUCGUAUUGCAAGAAAAAGAUUUAUUUUUAUGAUGAAUGUAAUUCAAUCUUUUACUUGACAGCCAUUCGACAUCAUAUGUGUGGUUUUUGGUUGACAUCGUCGCUGUCAAAUCAUCGAUAUCAUAAACAGAGGAAAAAAGAAAUAUUGAAUCAAAGUAACAGGAAAGAUGAUUCGUACCUUGUAGAAAAUGGUCUGGUCUCGAUUUUUUACAAUAUUUCUAUAAGAUUCAACCUGAUCUUAUAAAUUUUUGAUGGAAUCUGAUACAAUCAGAUAGAAAAUCGGAUUGGAUCCAAUUGUUGGAUUGAUUCUUCCAGUUCAACACAUUGUGAAUAAUUUACUGCGUAAAUUCACAAAGUUAAUUUCAGUUCAAUGUACCUAGUUUCUUGAUUUCAAAGCUCACUGCAUACUAAUACUCACAUUCUAUCGAUUGAAAAGCUGUGCCAUAAUAAACUCUUUCUACUGGUCUAUGUCGCCUAUACCUUGAACCACAGCUCGGAAAAUAUUAUGAGAAGCUUGUGGGAGCUUAUUAGAGUGCUUAGUGCUAACAUUUUCGAGUCAAUUAUUUGAGACUAACUCGAGUUUAUUGACACUCCAGUGAAGACUACGUCUCAUCACUUGCUGGAAUUUUUCAAUCGAAACUUAUAUCUCCACUAUUUCAAGCUAGUUUCUCACCUGGUGCUAGGCCAACAAGUGGUAACCAGUUUGUUGCGAAAUGAAACAGAUAAAUAAUAUGUAAAAUCAAAAUAUUUUUAUAUCUCAUCGCAUAUGUAAAAGUAAAACUAGACAAAGACUGAAAGUUGUUUUUCACGUUCAUUAGAGUCUUUAAAUUUUUGCUGAUCAGAUUUGAAUCUAGGCCUAACACAAUAGUCAGUAGAUAUGAAAAUGUCGUUAGAAUUGUUUCAUUUUUAUUCGCUCGAAUCAAAUAAUAAGCUCGAAUGUUUUGAAUAAAAUACAACAAAAAAACUCUUCUUUAUCUUAAUCUAUCCAUCUAAUUAUGAUACUAAAUACUACAGUGAAGUCCAUCAAAUUCACUCUAGAUCCAGAUUUCUAAUAUUCUAACGAAUUCGAACUCCGUGCCAAGUUCUGUAUCACACCACCUUUUCUUCAGUACAGACUUGAUUAAGAGGGAAGUCUCGAUUGGACAUGAAAAAAAUAUUUUAGUCUAUAAUGAAUUCAGACUCGUGUUCAAAACUAAUUUGAUUGAUAACAAUCAUUGACAAAAAUUUCUAACUCGAUGAGCUAUAUCAAUCAUUCCCAAUCUCAAAAUUCAAGAAUGCUUUAUCUGAAAGAAAAUCACCGAUUAAAUCAAACAAACUGUCAUAUGUCAUUUGAUAGCCAUUGCUUCGUAGGAUACUUAAAUUAAAUCAGAGCGAAUGUCUCUUUACAAACAGCAAUAUCCAUGGAUUGUUUUGCUUUAAACAUUAAUUACUUUAAUUUUUUGUUUUAUAUUCGAAAUAAUGAUGAAUCGGACAAUAAUAGCCGUCAUUGAUUAUGAUUCAUGCAAUGAAUUGUCGCGACGAAUCGUUCUGCGACUCAUUGUCGGUCGUCUUCUUAAUCAAGCUUUUACUGAAGAUAGCUGGGUCAUUAGGGUUUUGAAUGCGGACUACAUGGAUGUAAAUGUUAAGGAAUGACCGUGAUUUGCCUUCAGCAAGAUAACGAUAGUGUUCAACUCAUAAUUUCGGUGUAUCUCAAUGGAUGACUGACGGGAUGGAACCACUUGCAAUCAUGGUUCUCUGGAGCCUGUAUUUAUUCAAAAUAUCAAUCCAGAUUCAUGACAAAAAUAUACCAGAUCAUAUGAUGAGGAGCAGACAGGUAUGGGUG